AUGGAGCCCGGCCUGCAGUACAACUACGUGUACGAGGAUGACGAGUACAUGAUCCAGGAGGAGGAGUGGGAUCGGGACCUGCUCCUCGACCCCGCCUGGGAAAAGCAGCAGAGGAAGACAUUUACCGCCUGGUGCAACUCCCAUCUCCGGAAAGCCGGCACCCAGAUCGAGAACAUCGAGGAAGACUUCAGGAAUGGCCUCAAACUCAUGCUGCUGCUGGAAGUCAUCUCAGGGGAGCGACUGUCCAAGCCCGACAGGGGAAAGAUGCGUUUCCACAAGAUCGCCAACGUCAACAAGGCCCUGGAUUACAUCGCCAGCAAAGGCGUGAAGCUGGUGUCCAUCGGGGCGGAAGAAAUCGUCGACGGCAACGUCAAGAUGACCCUGGGCAUGAUCUGGACCAUCAUCCUCCGCUUCGCCAUCCAAGACAUUUCCGUUGAAGAAACCUCCGCCAAAGAAGGUCUGCUGCUGUGGUGUCAGAGGAAGACGGCGCCUUACCGAAAUGUGAACAUUCAGAACUUCCACCUCAGCUGGAAGGAUGGCCUGGGCCUGUGCGCGCUGAUCCACAGACACCGCCCGGACCUCAUCGACUACUCCAAGCUCAACAAGGAUGACCCCGUGGGAAACAUCAACCUGGCCAUGGAGAUUGCCGAAAAACACCUGGAUAUCCCCAAGAUGCUGGAUGCAGAAGACAUUGUGAACACUCCCAAACCCGAUGAACGAGCUAUCAUGACUUAUGUCUCCUGCUUCUACCAUGCUUUUGCUGGAGCGGAGCAGGCCGAGACGGCGGCUAACAGGAUAUGCAAGGUGCUGGCGGUGAACCAGGAGAACGAGCGGCUCAUGGAAGAAUACGAAAGACUAGCGAGUGAGCUCUUGGAGUGGAUUCGCCGGACGAUCCCCUGGCUGGAGAACCGGACCCCCGAGAAGACGAUGCAGGCCAUGCAGAAGAAGCUGGAGGACUUCCGCGACUACCGCCGCAAGCACAAGCCCCCCAAGGUGCAGGAGAAAUGCCAGCUGGAGAUCAACUUCAACACGCUGCAGACCAAGCUCAGGAUCAGCAACCGGCCCGCCUUCAUGCCCUCCGAGGGCAAGAUGGUCUCGGACAUCGCGGGGGCCUGGCAGAGGCUGGAGCAGGCCGAGAAGGGCUACGAGGAGUGGCUGCUCAACGAGAUCCGCCGGCUGGAGCGGCUGGAGCAUCUGGCCGAGAAGUUCAAGCAGAAGGCCUCCACUCACGAGACCUGGGCCUACGGUAAGGAGCAGAUCCUGCUGCAGAAAGACUACGAGUCGGCGUCCCUGACGGAGAUCCGCGCCCUGCUGAGGAAACACGAGGCUUUCGAGAGCGACCUGGCCGCCCACCAGGACCGGGUGGAGCAGAUCGCCGCCAUCGCCCAGGAGCUGAACGAGCUGGACUACCACGACGCCGCCAACGUCAACGAUCGGUGCCAGAAGAUCUGUGACCAGUGGGACCGUCUGGGGACCCUCACCCAGAAGCGCAGAGAAGCCCUGGAGAGGACCGAGAAGCUGCUGGAGACCAUCGACCAGCUUCACUUGGAGUUCGCCAAGAGAGCCGCCCCCUUCAAUAACUGGAUGGAAGGGGCCAUGGAGGACCUGCAGGACAUGUUUAUCGUCCACAGCAUCGAGGAGAUUCAGAGCCUGAUCACGGCCCACGAGCAGUUCAAGGCCACGCUGCCCGAGGCGGACGGGGAGAGGCAGGCCAUCAUGGCCAUCCAGAACGAGGUGGAGAAGGUCAUCCAGAGCUACAACAUCCGGAUCAGCUCUGCCAACCCCUACAGCACCGUCACCAUGGACGAGCUCCGGGCCAAGUGGGACAAGGUGAAGCAGCUCGUGCCCGUGAGGGAUCAGUCCCUGCAGGAGGAACUGGCUCGUCAGCACGCAAAUGAGCGUCUGCGCCGGCAGUUUGCCGCUCAGGCCAAUGCCGUCGGGCCCUGGAUUCAGAACAAGAUGGAGGAGAUCGCCCGCAGCUCGAUCCAGAUCACCGGCGCCCUGGAGGACCAGAUGAACCAGCUGAAGCAGUACGAGCACAACAUCAUCAACUACAAAACCAACAUCGACAAGCUGGAGGGCGACCACCAGCUCAUCCAGGAGGCCCUCGUGUUCGACAACAAGCACACCAAUUACACCAUGGAGCACAUCCGCGUGGGCUGGGAGCUGCUUCUCACCACCAUCGCCAGGACCAUCAACGAGAUCGAGACCCAGAUCCUCACCAGGGACGCCAAGGGCAUCACCCAGGAGCAGAUGAACGAGUUCCGAGCCUCUUUCAACCACUUCGACCGGAGGAAGAACGGGCUCAUGGACCAUGAGGAUUUCAGGGCCUGCCUCAUCUCCAUGGGCUACGACCUGGGGGAGGCCGAGUUUGCCCGCAUCAUGACCCUGGUGGACCCCAACGGGCAGGGCACCGUCACCUUCCAAUCCUUCAUCGACUUCAUGACCCGGGAGACCGCCGACACGGACACGGCCGAGCAGGUCAUCGCCUCCUUCAGGAUCCUCGCCUCCGACAAGCCCUACAUCCUGGCCGACGAGCUACGCCGAGAGCUGCCGCCGGACCAGGCCCAGUACUGCAUCAAGAGGAUGCCCGCCUACUCGGGCCCGGGCAGCGUCCCCGGGGCCCUGGAUUACGCCGCCUUCUCGUCCGCCCUGUACGGGGAAAGCGACCUGUGAGCCCGGAAGGCCCCUCUCCCCCGGUCCGCCCUGCCCCCGACCCCCACCCCGCCCCCCGCCCCCCGCCCCGCCGGAAGCCAGAGCCCGGGCCUCGCGGGAGGCCCGACGAGCGGGAUCGUUCGACCCCGUGGGUUUCCGAAGCGCGAUGAACGCCCCCGACCCUUCCCGCCCCCCUCCUCCCCUCCCCCGGCAACGUAACGUGUUCGAAUGUGCCGUCCCUCGCGUGCGUGAGAGUGGGUGCCACCGUAGGCGGCUUCAGCGUCGGCUUCUUAGGCUUAGCUAGUCCAGCGCGGGGUGGGAGGAGACGUGGAGGCGGAACCGGGAGGGCCCGGGGGAUGGCGGGGAGGAGAGAGAGAGACGGAUGACGAGAGAGCGAGAGACAGCGACAGAGAGAGAGCUUAAGAAUGUGGAAAAACACGGAACGGUUAGACGUUCGAGACUGGGGACCCACGGAGCCGCGAAAGAUCCGCGAGCCUUUUUCCGGCCACGUCCGCCCCCUCGUCCGCCGGCUCAGGAGGCCAGGCUGGGGCCGCUCGGGAGACGACGUCCGGAGGCCGUCGGCCGUCCUGCUCCCGGGCCGCUCGAAUCCGUCCGGACGGGGACGUCGAAGGGACGAAGAACGAGCCGGGGAGCUUCGUCCUUCCUGGCGGGGAGGAUGCCCCUCGCCCCCGCGCUUUCCCAGACGCGGUCUCCGUCACUUUCCGGCUCGCUCGCGACCGGGGCCGAGAGGCUUCUCCCGGGAGCCGGGCGACAGGGCAGAGGAAUCUCCGGUCGGUCCCAACCCUAGUUAGAGGUCCGAUCGUCGGGGGAAGGGGUCGAUGGUAUCCAAGAAGACGAGGUUCGGGGGUUCCCCGCUGGGGUUUCCAAGCUCGGACGGCACAGGCGGCGGAGAGUCGACCGGAGGGCAGACGGUCUUCUGGCGGCAGAAAUCACCGCGGCCUAACGAGGCGGCGGCACCGCCAUAGUUUUCCCUCGCACCCUGAGCCGGCCGAGGGAUCGCCGCCGCUCGGGAGCCGGUCUGGGGAGGCCUUCUCAGGAGAGCCGGGGCGAGAGAGCCUUCACGCCGGCGGCCGGCGACCGGAGAGCCAGAUUUCACGUCCGUCCUCCCUCUGACGCUUGCGCCGCGCUCGACCGGCGUCGUCUCGACGGCGGGAGACCCUCGGGAGGGGAGAGGGGGACUUGAGCCGCUCCGGGCCUUUCGAUCGGGCCUCGCGCCCCGUCCCCCUCACGGGGCGGGCCGCGGUCGUCCGCUCGUCCGUCCCCAUUUCCGUCGACGUCCGUUCGUUUUUCCGCUUGACGCCAGUUCGCCACGACUCCCGCCUCUGUGUUUCUGCCUCGUUGACAGCUUGUAGAGAAAUAAAGCAAUAACUUUUUUUUUUUUUA